CUAUUGUUUGUUGAGAUUGGCAUUCUAUUCUUGAGGGAAUUUGUAUCUUCUUCCUCACUUGCCUGUCUGCUCUAACAUUUAUAGAGGACCGGCCUAACUAGAGCCAGAGGAAGGUAGAUCUGAGCAGAAGGGUCGCUUUUGUCGGUGGAGCUUCAGAUUCGUUCCAUAGCCAUGGCUUCAAAGCUUCUGUUGAUCACAGUCUUUGUCUUUGACCUCAUUGCUUUUGGAUUGGCUGUUGCUGCUGAGCAGAGGAGGAGCACUGCCACGGUUAAGCAGGACAAUGAAGUGGAGUACAAUUACUGCGUGUACGACUCCGACAUAGCAACUGGGUAUGGAGUCGGCGCGUUUCUGUUCCUGAUGGUCAGUCAGGUUCUCAUAAUGGUGGCAAGCCGCUGCUUCUGCUGUGGGAAACCAAUCAGCCCCAGCGGGUCCAGGGCUUGGGCUGUCAUUCUUUUCUUGAUCUGCUGGGUGUUCUUCAUAAUCGCCGAGAUGUGCUUAUUGGCCGGGUCCGUCAGGAAUGCAUACCACACCAAGUACAGGACCAUUUUCAGCGAGAACCCUCCGUCGUGUCAGACCCUUCGAAAGGGAGUUUUUGCAGCCGGUGCUGCCUUCACCUUCCUCACUGCCAUCGUCUCUGAGUUCUACUACAUCUGCUAUUCUCGGGCUCGGGACAACAACUAUUAGAUGUAUUCCUUUUGUGCGAUUCUGAUGCAGGACGUAUGUUGCCAUGAAGUGAAUAUCAGUACAGUUUGAGUGAACAUGACCAGAGAUGAAUCGUAGCAUCUUCACAACGAUUCCUUCAUCGAUUCCCGAUCAUGUGUCGUAUUUCCAUUGAAUGGUUUCUUCUUUUUCUCAAACUAUAGGGGAUUUUUGUCUUCCUGUUUGUAAUGCCUAUACUAUAGAUUGUAGAAUAAUAUGUCUCCGCUGUGUAUUACUACAUGGUAAUAUUUUUUCUCAAGUACAAAUGAUCUCAGUUCAUAUUUGAUUA